AAUGUAACCCCGAAAAUGGCAGAAAACGAAGUCGAUAUAACAAUAAAAUGGAGUGGCAAAGAAUACCCUUUUAAAUUACCUGCUGAGAAGACAGUUUUAAACUUAAAAGAAUGUGUAGAGACGGAAACCAAAGUUCUUGUCUGCAGACAAAAAUUAUUCGGACUAAAAACAAAAGUUGGUAAGCCAGCCUUGGAUAAUAGCAUGUUAUCUGACUUGAAUAUAAAGCCAGGCCAAAAAUUUAUGAUGAUGGGAUCGAAAGAAGAGGUUUUAGAAGAAGCAUCGAAAAAACCUGAAAAUCAACCCGAAGUUGUUGAUGAAUUUGAUAUAGAAGAGGACGAAAUACCUGUUGAAGCUCAAGAAAUUUAUUUGGAAAAAGUUCAAAAGAGAGUUAACAGCUAUAAAAUUGACAUAAUCAAUGAACCCAGGAAGGGAAAGAAACUUUUAGUAUUGGAUAUAGAUUAUACACUAUUUGGUUAG